AUGUCGCAGGAGGCACAGGUCCACAAACUUCUUACGCCAAAGCAAUUAUCAGUGCUACUGGGUCUUCUGGUCAGUGGGUGGCACGGACUUUGGGAUGCAAUCUGUUAUCGAGUGAAAAGAGGAAGCAAAUUUGACGGCCCUCUUUUUGGUGUGGUUUCUGUCCUGGCAAUUACAACAAUCUUGGGAAGCCUUAUAACUCCAGUUAUUGAUACCUGGUUUGGCUUCGUGGUUAUACCAGUCGAACAAACUCAAUUACGAAUCAAUAGCCCUGCUGUUCACUCAUUCGGUCGGGGGCUUAUAAGUAGCGAUUGCACCAAAAAUGAGACUGGCUCUCCAUGCAACGUCAUAACAGCGAUGGGGAAAAGCUACCUUAUUUCUGCCAGCGAGGCUUUCAAAGUCCUACACAAUGCGUCUGCGAUCAAUGAAGUAAACUAUUUUCCAACAGACCAACCACAGGCCUUUCUAUAUCUCGGAGAUGCAGCAAGCUCCUCAAACGUCGACUUCAAAGCCAGCACAUUCGCAGUAUCUACCCAGUGUCAACCAAUAACAUAUGACUGCACUCACAUGCAUCCUAAUGACUCAAAGUUCAACUGUACACCUGCACUUACCGGCGACUUUAACACACUGUCAACCCCGGUGGGGGUAAAGCUUUUUAGCAAUUCAAGCCUCACCGAGAACUUGCCUUUCACAUAUCAGAAUCCAGUCUAUUUCGCGACCUGGGCUGUGAAAGAACAGAUUGAUUCGACGAGCUUUGUAGAUGAUCCUGGAGUUGCCUAUCAUUCUGACACGGUCGAAACAUUGUCUUGGAUCUUAAAUUGCUCUUCUACCGUCUAUGAAGCAACGUAUACUUGGGUGAACGGUACUGUAACAUCAUUCAACACUACUCUAGCCAAUAGCACUCUUGGUGGUAUCAUGUCUGGCCCAUUUGGCAGCGACCGUGUGAAUGCCGCGUUACAAUGCGCGGCCAACUUUGCCAGCGCCGGCAACAGCUCCGCCGACAUCGCGGAAACCACCUCAGCUUUUAUGUCUCACGCCGUGUUAUCGCUAUCAGUCGGGGCUAUUAGCAGCAGAAGAAAUAUUAUGGAACAGUCUCGCUCAAGGGUACUUUUGACGAGGGUGCCAAUUAUUCCAUUUUAUUUCUUAAUAACACUCAAGGCACUUUACGUUUGUGGUAUCAUAUCAUUAGCGGCAAUCAUAAUGAUAUGGUCUCAUCCUAAAGAGGUAGCUGAGUUGAGAUCUCAGUUCACUAUUGAUGGAUUGGUGGGUACGAUAUUCAGGGCAGACAAGAUUCACAUGCCUCUUUCGGAAAACUCGGAGGAGAUGGGAAAUGGUCUCCAAAAGAGUGAAGAAAGUGAAAUUAAGGUCGCUCUCUUGAAAAGAAAGGAAGAAUGGUCAUACGCCACAGUAUUGCUCAAGAGUGGUGAAGCAGUCAUCCAGUUCGUGUAG